UUGUCGUCAUGCGCUCUCCCAUCGUUGCUGGAAUGGCUUCCUGUUUUGUCUCCAGUGUUAUUCCUCUCUGAAAGAUGGAAUAUUGUUUACUUUCUUUAACACGUUUUUCUAAAAACCACCACCGUGAGCGGGCCGACAGGCCGCUGCGACCCGGACAGAGAGAGCCUGAGGACGGCAUACCAGCGCUGUCAGAGGGCUCACCAUGCUGUUAUCACAGCUACCUGAGGAUGUUCUCUACCAGAUCUUGUCUUGUUUGGACUACAAGUCUCUCUGUCGCCUCUCUCAAGUCUGUAAAAGGAUUUACUACUAUGUGAAUCGGGACGUUGUGUGGAGGAAGAUUGCCAAAGAGUUUUUAAACACUGGAAUUACUCGGAAUGGGACGGACAUAUAUCCCCACAUCCCACUGAAGGAGAGAGUGAAAGUUGCACAAAACUGGUACGGUGGAGUCUGCAGGAGAGCGAUUCUUCUCAAAUGGAAAACCAAACUGCUACCAUGGUUGCAGCUGGAUGGGGACAUUCUGUUUCUGUCUCAAGCUGCUGAGAUUGGAGCAUAUUAUCAACGCCAAGACUCCAGGAAACUUCAACGUAAUCCAUUUGAAAUCUACUCAGGCCACAAGGGCGACGUGUGUCGCUUCGUUCUCACAGAGUCUGACCUGAUAAGUGGAGGAAGUGAUGGCAAGAUCCUGGUCCACAGCAGGAAGAGUGACACGUCCAUGGAGUUAUCUGGUCACAACCAGGAGGUCAACUGUCUGGACUCUAAGGACGGACUCAUCAUCAGUGGCUCCAGAGACCGAACGGCCCGGAUUUGGACUUUGACUUCCAGCUGCACCAGAAACAUAAUUCCUAUGUACGACAGAGUGUGGUCUGUCGCUAUCAGUCCUGCACUGAGCUCCUUUGUGACGGGCACUGCAUGCUGUGAGAACCUCUCCCCUCUCCGCAUCUGGGAUGUUGAGCGGUCGGAGUGCGUGUGCAGUCUUGGCUCACAGUUCCGUCGUGGGGCCGGCGUGUUGGAUAUGGUGUUCGAGUCUCCUUUCCAGCUCUUCACCUGUGGUUAUGAUACCUUCAUUCGACUGUGGGACCUCCGGCUCAGCCCCCGGAAGUGUGUGAUGGAGUGGGAGGAGCCUCAUGAUAGUGCUCUUUACUGCAUCCAGACAGAUGGAAAUCACAUGAUUGCUAGCGGCUCCUCGUACUACGGUGUUGUUCGGUUGUGGGACAAACGGCAGAGUGAAUGCCUGCAGUUCUUCCAGCUGAGCUCCGACCCGGUGAGCAGCCCGGUGUACUGCCUGAGGUUCAGCAGCUCUCACCUGUACGCCGCCCUGGCCACCUCCCUCCACUCGAUGGACUUCAGACAGAACCCAAUCUGCAUCAGAUGAUCCACACAGAAUCUCUCUUUAAAGUAAUUUGUGCAAUAAAGCUGUCUAUUUUCACAAUAAACUUUGUCACAUUUUCAAAGGAA